GCUCAUAUCAUACAGUAACGAUCACUCUCUGAUUUGAGGGAAGAAGAUUUUUUCUUCAUCCGCAAUAAUUCUUGAAUUUUUGUCCAUUAUAAGUUCUUGACCUACCCCACGAUUAAUUAAUAAGAAAAUCUUAGCAGUAUAUUUGGGCUCCUUUUAGUAUUAGUAGUUUAAGACAUGUGAAUUUUGUGAGUAUUUGAUCAGCCCUCCAAAUGUACAGUUGCUAUUGCUUUUGUCUUUGUCUAAAUGUACGGUAGUUGUCCAUGAAAGAAAACAAAGUCUUGGAUUCUUAUUUCUUAAAACAUAACAACGAUCUCAUGCCUGAAUAAAACUAUCCCCUUUCGUAUAAAUCAUUAAUUUUACUUCGGGAUAGGAAGAUGGAACAUGAUGCAGAGGAAGUUUGGGGCUUAAGAAACAUGCAGGACUGUGUGGUGUCAGAGUUCCCAUCAGAGCAAAGCACAGAUGAGCUGCUUCAAUUCUUUUCUAUUAAUCCCGGCCAGCAAGACAGCAACAACCGACAGAAAGAUGAACAGAACUCGAUCCCUUAUGAACACGGCAAUGUUGUCUCCAAGAUGAUCAGUGAUUGUAGCGGGGGAAAGCGUAAGAUUGCUGUUGGCGUCAACGAUGGAAAUCCUACUGAUAAUAAAAAGAAGAAAAUCAUACAUAGAGAUAUUGAGCGACAAAGAAGGCAAGAAAUGACUACUCUUCAUUCGACACUUCGAUCACGGCUUCCUCUUGAAUAUCUCAAGGGAAAAAGGUCAAUAUCCGAUCACAUGCAGGAGGCUGUCAAGUACAUCAAACAUUUGCAGAACAAGAUCACGGAGUUAAGUGAUAAGAGAGAUGAACUGAAAAGAUCAUCCAAUUUGCAGACACCAAGUUCUUCUAUGAUGGAAGCCAGACCAGACUGUUCCAAGGACAGUACUGUACAAGUUAGAGCUUGUUCCAUAGGAGUGGAGAUUACCAUGAACACUGGGUUGAGACGAGGGCUUCCUCUUUCAAAUGUGCUUGACGUUAUAGCUGCACAAGGCCUAAGUGUGGUUCAGUGCAUUUCAGCUAGAGCAAAUGAAAGGGUGUUGCAUACUAUUGUAUUGGAGGUGAAUGGUGGAAGAAGCAUCGAGCUGUCAGAGCUGCAACACGAAUUGACAAAGCUAAUACUUCAUUCUCCAAGUUGAUUAUUAGAUCUUAAAUAAUGUGCUGACUGGUUUGUAUACAGUUAGUACUGCAUGAUUCAUAACUACAAUAAUAGAAGUCAUUUAUAAAUUAAAAUACCCAAAAAAAAUAAAAUUUAUAAAGUCAUGUAAGAAUAUAUUGAAAUUGAAUUUCUUCAUUAGAGAGAUUAGAGAAGGAUUAUCAUGGGCCUAAGGCCCGACUCCGUAUCUUUGCUCUUGAAUAGUUAGUAUUAAAUAAGAUGUUAUUAUUGGGCAAAACAUGUUCAUAUGUAAUUGGGCAAGACAUAAGGAGCUUUGAAAAUAAGCUAGCUUGUUCCAAUGAGGAUGACUUUGCCGACAAGCUUAAUUGGGCAAGAGAUGUCCAUGAAAAGCUUCUUUAUGGCAUAAAAUCUUUUCACUCAGGAAAGGAAAGGAAAGAUCAUACUUGAUUGGAUGCGUGCUUUUGCAAUUUAGGAAAGCUUCACACUAGCACUGCCCAAAGAAAAUAAAAAAAAUAUCACUAGUCAAAAACAGUACUGCUCGGCUGCUGAAAGAAAGGAAUUGAUUAGAUGAUAUGGUUUUCAUUAUUUAAUUCCUUGAGGGUCCCUUGAACGGUUGAUGAGGCACGCAGCACAUGUGCCAGAACCACUUUAUCUGUGGGAUUUGAAUUGCCAAUGAAAUUAUUUUAUUCUCAGUCGACGAUUUAUUAAUUAGUAAAGCAAUUUCCACGUCAGUAAUAGAACUAUUUUUUUAUUUGUAUAGGGGAUUUACAUAUUGUUCUAUUAAUC